AUGAAGCCUUCCUUGGGAUUAAGAGGACUCUUCAUCCUUUUUCCUUUGACAUGGACUUGUGCUGGGGAUUGGUCAGCUGUGAAAGUACGCUGCAGCUACUUUUGGUUCUAUGCCAAGAUUAAACCCACACUAUUUCAAAAUUUGUACAUGAAUCCUGAUGAAGCAUUUUUAGGAGAUGACUGCCCUGUAACCUACAUUUCACCAGAUGCUCAUUAUGAAUUUUUCUACUAUUCUAAUAAAUGCGGCAUCAUAAUCAAAACUUUCCAGGAGACUCUUCUGCUUCAGACUAAAGUCAAGUACAUCUCAAGCAACUCCGGAGACACCGCUGAAAUGCCGCUGUCCUGUGUCGUCACGAAACAAGCGAGCAUGUACCGUUUGUCAGAUGAAACUGAAAGUGGAGAUGAUGAAACCAGCUCUGCAGACAUGGAAGUUGCUUAUAUAAUGCAGUCACAGAACGAUCUGAAUACUAUAUUCUCUCUGUGCGCCAAAUGA